UAAAACUCAACUCAAUUUGUCUUUCGUUUUGGUUCUUCGCUCUUUCUCUCACAGAAAGUUGUUCGCAAACAGGAGUUCUUCAUUAUCUGCACUUACUUCACGCGCACACAUCAUCUGAGGAUCAUGGCCACUCCCAUGGUUGAGGACGACGAUCAGCUAGGUUCUAUGUCGACAGAUGAUUUAAGUAGGGCUUCUCGACUUCUAGAUACUGAGAUUCGAGUGCUCAAGGAAGAGUUGCAGAGAUCCAAUCUGGAAUUGGAUUCCUUCAAGGAAAAGAUAAAGGAGAAUCAAGAGAAAAUAAAACUCAACAAGCAGCUUCCAUAUCUGGUCGGCAACAUAGUGGAGAUUUUGGAAAUGAAUCCAGAGGAUGAGGCUGAGGAAGAUGGUGCUAAUAUUGAUCUUGAUUCACAAAGGAAGGGUAAAUGUGUUGUAUUGAAAACGUCUACACGCCAGACAAUUUUUCUGCCCGUGGUUGGUCUGGUUGAUCCUGAUAAGCUAAAGCCCGGUGAUUUGGUUGGGGUGAACAAAGAUAGUUAUUUGAUAUUGGAUACCCUGCCAUCUGAAUAUGAUUCCCGAGUCAAGGCUAUGGAGGUUGACGAAAAGCCCGUAGAAGACUACAACGAUAUUGGAGGGCUUGAGAAGCAGAUCCAAGAACUAGUUGAGGCUAUUGUUUUGCCGAUGACUCACAAGGAACGGUUCCAGAAACUAGGAAUUCGUCCUCCCAAAGGAGUGCUUCUGUAUGGACCUCCUGGGACUGGGAAGACUUUGAUGGCCCGUGCAUGUGCAGCCCAAACCAAUGCUACUUUUCUGAAGCUAGCAGGUCCGCAACUUGUACAGAUGUUCAUUGGGGAUGGAGCAAAACUUGUUCGUGAUGCUUUUCUACUUGCGAAGGAGAAAUCUCCUUGUAUUAUUUUUAUAGAUGAAAUUGAUGCUAUAGGCACAAAGCGAUUUGACAGUGAAGUCAGCGGGGAUAGAGAGGUUCAACGAACAAUGUUGGAGUUGCUCAAUCAGCUUGAUGGAUUUAGUAGCGAUGAACGGAUAAAGGUGAUAGCUGCAACAAAUAGAGCUGAUAUUUUGGAUCCUGCACUCAUGCGUUCUGGUCGAUUAGAUCGUAAAAUUGAGUUUCCUCAUCCCACUGAAGAAGCCAGAGCUCGAAUUUUGCAGAUCCACUCUAGAAAGAUGAAUGUUCACCCAGACGUCAAUUUUGAGGAGCUUGCUCGUUCCACCGAUGAUUUUAAUGGGGCACAGUUGAAAGCUGUUUGUGUGGAGGCAGGCAUGCUAGCUCUUCGCCGUGAUGCCACUGAGGUGAACCAUGAAGACUUCAACGAGGGUAUUAUCCAAGUUCAGUCUAAGAAGAAAGCAAGCUUGAAUUAUUAUGCAUAGAUUCCGAGUCUCAGAAGAUUGUACCAGUUGAGGCUGGUGGUGGAGAAGUGCUGCAGACUGUUUACCAUCCUUGUAGCGAUAACUUUCCUUCAAACUGCUGAAUUAUGUAACACUAAUUUUUCUUCAAUUUUAGUUCCAAAUUAGACUGGAUGUCAUUGAUGGUACUGUAGUUGAUUUGAUACAGGUGGACAUCCAGUAGUAUUUGGGUUGUAUGUAGUAAGAACAACAGCAAAGUCCUGGGUUUGAUUUUGAUAAUUUAUCCAUCCCUCUCAGGUUACUAUAUAACAAAAAAUGGUUCUGUCA